AUGGCUCUGUCUCCACGCAGCCCCUCCAAACACAACUCAAUGCUGGGCAAACUGAUCAAACACCCCAAAUCUACAAAUUUCGACGGUAACAAAGAGCGUCCCCCCAAACGUCUCCGUCUCAAUGACGAUGCGCCCGAAGCGGAUACAACACCCCCAUCUCCCAAAUUUGGGAAUCGUGUGGUACCAGACUCCGAGGAUGAGGAUGGGGAUGAAAUUGAGCAGUUGCCUCCUACGAUGAAGACGGGCCUGGAGAGUGCCUUGCCUCCCAUCAAGACGGACGCAGAGGCAAUUGAAGAAUAUGAGGCGUUCAAGGCGUCGCAGAACGAAGACACCGAGUCCGCUGAAGGGCGGUUAAAGGACCGUAAAUGGAUCAGAGGCAAGAGUUCAAUAUAUGUGGACGCGUUCAAUUUGGCAUUGGAUACGGUGCUAGACGAGGAGAGCCAUUUGUUUGACGAGGCCGAGAUGGAGGUUUUCGGGCAGUGGAGGGGACUGAGCUAUGAAGCUCAAUAUCUCUACGUCCGCCUUUUCCUCCGCAAGACCGCUGCCUGGCAUCGUAUUAAGAACCUUGGCUAUCAUAGCGAUAUAUCGGACCUCGAAUCUGCGAUUGAGAUACUACAACGUAUCAGAAAUCUUCCUAUAUCCUCGGCGGAAGAGGGAUCACAUCCUGGCGAGCUGAAACCCCCAGCUGGGACAACAUUGGGCUCUGCUUUCACAUUCGCGGACAAAUCCGAAGUCGAGAUAAAUACACUCGAGGAAGCGUCGUCCCUGUUGAAGUUAGAUGAACUAAAAGCUCUUGCAAAAGACGCAAAAGUGCAAGGAAAGAACAAGAAGGAGCUACUCAAAUCUCUUCGACAGACAAGUCAGAAGCAGGUCGGACUCGGCUACGUUGGCCUAAAGAGAUCAGGUACAGAAUCCUCCAGGCGCUCAUCUGCCUCCGGCCUAGACUCCGAUACUCCCGAUCCCGAGCCCAGCGGAGUCAGCAUCUCAGAUUUCAACCGCGACGCCCACUUCACACACAAGAUCAUGUCCGAAACCGGGCCCUGCAUUCGCCUCUCUUGCGCACCACUCAAACUCUUCGAGAGAGUCCACCUCGUCUUCUACCGCUCCACUGAGUGGACUGAGAAAUCUCUUACAACCAUCAUCCUUGCUAAAAUCUCCCGCCGCAAUUUCCCCGAAUUCAUAGUCUCCCGUUCCGCAAAUAUAUUCUCAUCUCGCUCCUCUCUACUCGAGUUUGAAGCUUCGAUACGAGUCCAAUUCCGCAUUGACUAUAUCCUCGAAUUCAAUGGAAGACCCACCGAAGCAGGGCUUCAAGAAAUCCUUGACAUCUUCCAAGAAGUGUAUCCACGCUGGCACAUCCUCCUUCAAGAAGAACAGCGGAAGGAAGACAGCAUUUAUCAAAGUGGCGAAGGAGCUUAUCUACGCCGGCUGUCACCAGCAUGGGUCUACACGCGUAUCAUUCACAAAGCUACCUCUGUUCUCGCGAAACAGAAGGACUACAAGCGCGAAUACGAGCUCUUGUCUGAACUCCUCGCACAGCGGCUCUUCCAUCACUCGCGACGCGGGGCUUGGUAUCAGCGAAAAGCGUUGCUGGAAGAACAUUAUAUUGCGUCUCUUACUCCAAACGAGAAUAGAGACAACGAGGCGCAAAAAAGGCACUGGAAGAGGGUUGCUCUGCGGACCUGUGAAGACGGUCUCCAGGACAAUCUCGUGCACAUCAUUCAUCAUUACGAUCUCCAGAAACGAGUCAAGAAGCUCGAAAAAGCACUCAAAAUCGCAAAACGCGCGCAGCAUGAUUUCACACAUGUGAGACUCGCUGCUCCAGUCGAGGUAACAGUUGAAGGGAUACGUAUAGAAAGAGAGAGUAUCCUCUCCCGACGUAAUAGCUCACCACACCCUAGCUUUGGAAAAAAAGGAGCGAAGACAAUUUGGAUCGAUGCGAGAGAAGGCGGAGAGUGCUCAGUUGAGGAAAUGUGUCUAAGUCAUUAUAGGGAUUUGGGGUGGAAGGGUUAUCAUAGUGAGGGGGGCAUCGUCCGCACUUUAUUUGCCUAUCUCUUCUUCGAUGUGCUCUUCACCUACGUCCCCAAUGUCUUCCAAACGCCCUUCCAGACUUGCCCUUUAGAUCUCCAUACAGACGCUUUCUUCCCUUCCCGAAUCUCGGAGAUCAACCAUCAGUUAAUUGCAAUUUCGAACGGCGAGGCGGCAGCCCUGAUCCAGCGAAUCUGGGAUGAGCAUCAUGAGCGCCGGACUUGUGUCGUCGGAUUAGACUGGACCUUCGAGCUGGUAGACCUCCUGGAGAUAGCGAGAUUUUUUGACGGAGAAGCGCUUGCGACCGUGUGUAAGGUCAUGGCGCAGGAGUACGGGCAAAGAGGUGGUGGUGUCCCUGAUCUUUUCCUCUGGCAUGAAGAGAAGGGCGAGGUCAUGUUUGCAGAAGUCAAGAGUGAGAAUGAUCGGUUGAGCGAUACGCAGAGGCUCUGGAUUCAUGUUUUGAGCGGAGCAGGUGUAAGGAUCGAAUUGUGUCAUGCUGUCGCUAAGGAGGUUAGGGUUAUGUGAUAUUGCUUAGAUGUCUAUCACGAUGAGGAUAUCUAUUCGCUUACAACAGCCCCAUCAUAACAUCUCUCCCCAACCUC